AUGAAUAGCAUUACUAGUAAAGGAACUUCUCUUAAAAGUGUACCUCGAAAAUCACCACCACAGACAAAUGAAAUUUCCAAUGAGCAGAAACAAAAACUCAUUGAUUACUUUCUCGAUGGAUCAAAAUAUGAAAAUGAAUUGCUAAAAUAUAUUUAUAUUUGUAUUAUGUCAACAAUAAAAAAUUACGAACAAGCACGCAUUGAAAAAGAGUGUACGGAACUUCGGAAAAUUAUAACUGAAUCAAAAAUCAGUCUCCGGUCGAGCAAUAAGGAAACAGCAGUUAGAAUAAUUGACGAAUAUUCUGAAUGGCAACGAAAUGAUUCUAGAAAUAAACCGGACAAUUUAUUGAAUCAAAUUGGACUUUUACUCGGAAUCUCAUCAAAAGAUAUCGAAUCUAAUAUACUCAAAAAUUUACAUAAGCUAAAAGUGCAUGAGUUAUCUGCCUUUCGUAGCAUUACUUUCCAAAAAUUUAAAGGCAUGUUCGACUUUAAUAAUGGAAAUUAUUCUGAACUAUAUUUGCGCUUCAAGAGAGAAGAAAAAAUCGCAGAAUUGGAAAUAAGAUGUAAAGAGUUGGAAGAAAAAAACGAAGAAAUCAAAAACGUGCUACAAGAUAAUACUAAGCGUUUAAAAUACAAGGGAUCAUUCGGAAAUCAACCAAUACAAGAAAAUAUACGCGACGAUAAAAACAAUAUGAAAUCUAAAUUGCAAGAAGAAAAUUCGCUAUUGGAGCAGAUCGACAUGCUUACUGCUAAAAAUAACUCGUUUGAACAAGAAAUAGAAAAACUUAGUAUUCAGAUCAAGCAAACUUCGGAACAUGAGUUUUCAGAGCAACAGGCGACUAACGAAAAAAACGAUGAAUCACAAGUAAAACAACUGAGCGUGGAAGACUUGAAUAAAUUAAGCAAGGAAGAAUUAAUUGACGAUAUAAAGGAACAUCAAGUCAAAUAUGACUCGCUUAAUCAACAAUUCGAUUUAUUUCAUCAAGAGGUUGAAGAAAAAGAUGAAGAGAUUAAAAGACUUCGUAAACAGAUUAAACAAUAUCAACAAAAACUCACGGAAUUAGAAGAAUCAAAAUUUAAAGAACCAAAGAAAAAAAUUCAACAACCACCUGUUAUAAUGAACUUACGAAUGUAG